GCCGGACGCAGCGAGGCUGUUGGCCUCUAGCAAGAUGGACAUCUUCACAAACGGGGAUUUAGGUGUUGAUGGUAACACAAGCCAUGAAACAGGACAAGAAAUACUAGAAGGCACCAAAAGCCAAGGAUACAACCACAGCGACCCCCUGGACAUGUUCAUAGGCAUAGAGCUUCUUCUACGUUUCAAACCUCUCUUCCUGCCACUCUAUUCCCUCGUAGUGGUCGUGGCUGGUGUUGGAAACUCUUUCCUGUUGGCUUGCAUCUUGUCUGACAAAAAACUACACAAUGCCACCAACUUUUUCAUCAGUAACUUAGCAGCUGGAGACUUGCUGAUGUGUUUGACUUGUGUUCCACUGACUGUGUCUUAUGCCUUCGACAGUCGUGGCUGGGCUUUUGGAAGAGUCCUCUGCCAUUUGGUCCCCUUGCUGCAAUGUGCGACAGUGUUCGUAUCUGUGCUUUCACUCACUGCCAUUGCUGUGGAUCGCUACGUUGUUGUGGCUCACCCAGUACGGAGGAGGAUCUCUGUGUGGAGUUGUGGGGCAGUGAGUCUAGGUGUGUGGCUUUUAUCUCUGGCCCUGGCUGCACCUCAGUCUCUUUACACACGCUACAUGGACCUGCGACCCAAUGGCAUCGACCUUGUAGUGUGUGAAGAAUUCUGGCCUCAUACUGGCAAUCUUCGGCUGCUCUACUCCUGCUUCACUCUCAUUGCCUCUUAUAUGAUCCCGCUGUUGUCAGUCAGCAUAUCUUAUUGCGCCAUUACUGUUAGCCUGAAACGCUAUUCAGUGCCUGGGGAGCCAUCAAACAGCCAGCAGCGAUGGAGCCAGAGGAGAAGGAAGACCUUCUCACUGCUGGUGGCCUCAGUGCUGGCUUUCGCCCUGUGUUGGCUGCCUCUGCAGGUGCUGACCCUGAUGCUGGACCUGGACCCAGACUUCCACAUCAUAGGGAAGCGCUACAUAAAUGUCUUACAAGUCUGCUGUCAUUUAGUAGCUAUGAGCUCUGCGUGUUACAACCCUUUUAUCUACGCCUCACUGCACAGCAAGGUGCGCAUGCACCUGAAAGGCUACCUCUGUCCCUGUCGUCAUCGUCAGAGGGAGAUGGUGGAGAGGGUGUCGUCCAGGAGCUGAUUUUAGGCCGUGCCCUAUUUGAUAUAACUGCUAUAGCAUCGCCUGACACCCAGAGCCCUGUCCUUGCCCACAAGCUAUCGACUGCACCCCUAACAAUCAUCUUAAGGCCAAAGUUGUCCAGGAAAACAAGGCAAACGCUUCAUUGUACUUAAAAGCAAGGAAUAUGUCUGUUUCUCUAUCUGUCUGUCUGUCUGUCUGUCUGUCCGUCUCUCCAUCUGAUAGCUUAAGAACUGUUAAUCCUACCUUGGCAGGCUGGUGUGAACCCAAGGACACGCAGAAUCAGAUUUGAUGUUAUUUGGACAUGCAACAAGUGAUAUAUUAAUACACUUUGAAUAAACAAGCAACCUUUUUGUUAAGGGCUUCUUGGCUCGACACACUGAGCAUUGGCCUCAGUUCACAUCCCUGAAUGAACGAUGAGCGGCUCUUGUCAGCAAUAUCAGGGGUCUGUUCUGAAUUUGCAUUGCAUUACUUUAUUUAAACCAGUUUUCUCAAUGUGUUUCCAGAAUGUUGUGACAUUUUGUCCUAGUGUCCCCAGAGUAAGUUCUAAAUAAGGCCACUUGGGACAAAAAGGCAUACCAGACUGUAGUUCAGGAUGAUGAUCAAGAAGAUUCCACUGGGAUCCCUGUGUUUUUGUUGGACGGCGUAGCUGCUGGCAUGGACACUAAGCAGAUACUGCAGCUUGAACAGGCAGCAGAGCUGUGAAGCCGACAUCCUGGAGGCUCAGGCCAGGUGGGGGGCGGGGGCCUGGUUUAACUUAAACAGUAAAUGUUCAGGGAGCCGACCCUACCAUGAACUCUUCUUCACCAGACAUGGAUUGCAGGCCGUUGUAGACAUAGAUACCAGAUGGUUUUUCCAUAUCCCUGCUGCUGAAUGCCUUUGCUUAAAAAUCAAAUGUGUUUCUCUCAUAUUGCAUCACCUUGAUUAUAUUAGAUAUUAAAAAAUGUUAAAUAAUGUUGCCUGCUAAUUUAGUGUAAUUAUGUAGUAGCUGUUCUCUGUGGUUUGGUUCCACUUUUAUGUCACCUGUUCACAUGGAUUAAUAGGAUUGCAUUUGCAUGUAUGUAAGUUUGUAUUAGUUUGUAUGGACCUUUGUGGAACAGAUAUGAUAUGUACAGCACUGGGAGAAAAAAUAUGCGGCCUUAUAGUGACCUUCAGACCUCUCUGUAAAAAAUUGAAUUCAUAUCAGAUUCAUAAAUGUUACUUUCAAUCUCAGUGGCUGGGCUCUGUCUCGAGAAACAUGUAAACAUAAUAUCCAGAGUAUGAACAAUAAAGACACCAGGGUUUC